ACGGCAAACUAUGGAGGAGAUCAGCCGUUUACCGGGGACUCCUUCGGCUCAACAUAUGACAUGGCUGAUCAGACCAUGGGGGAUGGAGUAGACCCUAGCCAAUUUCAAGGGCAGGCGCCAUAUUAUGUGUCGGAACAGUACCAAGAGACUCAGGAGAUCACUAUCACGCAGACAUUUGAUGAAUCCCAGUCGGAACAGCAGCCGAAUGACCAGAGCAGUGGCACGCACUAUAUGCAUGAUGCAGGGCGGAUCCUGCAAGCCGCUUACAAGAGGUAUAACGCUACGCAGCAGAAUGGUGCAGCCCAGGGUUCUCAAGGUUCACAGACAACGUCUCUGCUGCAACAAACUCCACAUCCUGGUCGCCCACCUAAUUCGCCGCCGGUUGGACACGCACCGACGUCCUCCACUGGCAUAUAUCCCGGAGCACAGACCAGUUCCGCAUCGGUCCCUUUCCAUGGAGCAUCUUUUACCCACUCCACCGCAUCAGGCUAUACCAGUCCGAUCCAACAACAUGGACAAUCUACGCACCUCAUGGCACAACACCACUCAUCUGUCAAUCCUGCUUCUCAGCAGGGCACACAUCCACUUUCUCACCAUCACGCGUCCCCACAAAGCUCUCACCCACAGAGCUCUCACACCCAGAGCCCGUAUAUGAAUCAUGUUACUUACCCCUCCUUCGGGACCGCCACUCAUACCAUGAGCUCGCAGGCAGCCCAGUAUGCCGUGAACAACGGUGCCUCUCCUCACGGCACCGCCACUCACCAUUAUUCGCCCCAAUCCCAGGCGGAUGGACGGUACUCCGCCCAUCCCUCACAAUACCUUGCUCAGGGACACCCGCAACAGAGUCCCACUGCUCAACAACCUCCGAGUGCUGGUGCUGGCCUAAAUAAAACCAUGAUUGCAAAACAAUUCGUCAAAGGCGCGUUGAUGGCUGGCGGUGUUCUCGCAAAGUAUAACCGCCUGACCGGAGGGAAUGGGAAUUGAUGGAGGAUACUCGUAAUUCAUAAUGGCUAGCCCUUUAAUUAUCAAUCGCAUGCGAUUCGGGAAUUCUACGUUUAUUCUAUCCGGGUGUUGACUAUUGCUAGUCUAUAUAUAUCAUGUAGUGGUUUUCAAUCUUGUUUGACAGCUUUC